GUAGGAAAAAUAACUCCUAUUUUGUUUUCUAGUUAUGUUGCUCCAGAAUAUGCUUGCACUGGAAUGCUGAAUGAGAAAAGUGAUGUUUAUAGUUUCGGUAUACUUAUCAUGGAAGUAAUUUCUGGAAGAAACCCUGUUGAUUAUGGUCGGCCACAAGGAGAGGUGAAUCUGGUAGAUUGGUUAAAAACUAUGGUUGGGAACCGAAAAUCUGAAGAAGUAGUUGAUCCAAAGUUACCCGAGAUGCCUGGUUCAAAAGCAUUAAAACGUGCUCUCUUGGUUGCUCUUAAAUGUGUUGAUCCUGAUGCAACAAAGAGACCCAAAAUGGGACACGUGAUCCACAUGCUUGAGGCUGAGGAUCUGCUAUUUCGUGAUGAACGUCGAGUUGGGAGAGAAUCUUCCCAUUCACAGCAUGAUUACGAACAAGAGAAUAAUGUUGCUACAAAAUUUGCUGAUAAGCAAUUGGGUGAAGGGACUUCAGACACAAGUGAAGGUGAUAGUGGUAGGAAACAUCAUCAACCAACUAGAUGGAGAUAA